AUGAUACCAAAAAUGCUGAAACAGUUAAGAAAGGUUGAACCAAUUCUUACGACAAGAACUUCGAAAGAAAUACAAAACGAUCUACUGGAUUGUAUUCUUGAAGUUUGUCAUGAAGAAACAAUAAAACAGAUUAACAGAGCCUCGUAUUCGGCGAUAAUAGCAGAUGAAACAACGGACAUUUCGGGAAAAACCCAAUUGGUAACAAUUUUCAGAUACCUAUUUAACGGCGAACCAGUAGAACGUUUUUGGAAUUAUAUGAAUCCCGAAAAAUGUGACGCUGAUACUCUCACAAGACAUAUUUUGAGCGUCGUAGAUCCAUUAAUAGGAACUUUCCCUAACAAACUGAUUUCACAAAGCUAUGAUGGAGCCGCGGUAAUGAGCGAACAUAAUGCUGGAAUACAGGCAAAAAUUAAACAAAGAUACCCAUUUGCUCACUAUGUGCAUUGCUAUGCGCAUCAGUUAAACCUGAUUAUGUCCUAA